GCGAUGCUGACUGCCAAGCUGCUCCCCCUUCUCGCCCUCGCCGGUCGGGCCGCAGCAUGCACCACUGUCGCUGUCGGCAAGGCCGCCACUGUCGACGGCAGCGUCAUGUGUUCGCACACGAAUGACGGCGAGGGCAUGAGUGAUCCUCGCAUGAUCCGCAUCCCGGCGAGCGAGUGGCCGACCGGGACGAUGCGCAAAGUGUUCUUCAACCCAGAGGACUACCCGCGCUAUGUCGGCACCGACCGUGCGACCACUGCCGUCCCCGAAUACUUGCCGCAGAAUCAGAUUGGCGGAUACAUGGCACCAUUCGAGCCGAUGCCGGGCUGCGAGAUCCCGCAGGUCCCGCACACGUACCAGUACUACGAGGACGCGUACGGUGCGCACAACGAGAAGCAGCUGGGUAUCGCCGAGUCCACCUGCUCAGGCAUCUUUGGAGCAGCACCGCGUGGCCAGAACGUCACCGCAGACGGCAAGAUCGUCGUCGGCAAGGCUUGCUGGUCGAUCGACUCGCUCUCGCAGAUUGCAAUGGAACGACACUCGCGUGCGCGCGACGCCAUCAGGGACAUUGGCCGCCUCGCCGAGCAGACGGGCUUCUAUGGCGCCGGCCUCUUCGAGGGCGGCGCAGAGUCGCUGCUCAUCACUGACGUGGACGAGGCCUGGAUCUUCCACAUCCUCCCCUCGGAGCCCGCCGACGGGGAGGAGUACUCGUCCGCCAUCUGGGCGGCGCAGCGGAUCCCAGACGACUCCUACGCCGCUGUCACCAACGCCUUCAUCAUCCGCGACAUCGACCGUGACUCGGACCCGGACACCGGCGACUUUCUCUUCUCCGAGUCCGUCUUCACGACUGCGCGCCGUCACCGAUGGUGGAGCGAGGAGUCGGGCGAGCCCCUCGACUUCACGGCCACCUUCUCCGACGGCGAGUAUGCAAACAAGUACUACUCUGGCCGCCGGCUUUGGGGCGUCUUCAACUACUUCUCGCCGUCGCUCAACGUGCCCGCCGAGUACCUCGAGUACCGCUACUCCAAGCCGUACCCGGUCACCGCGAAGCCCGACGCGCUAAUCUCUGUCGCCGACAUUGCCGCCGUCAACCGCCUCUACUACAUCGGCACGAACUACUCGCAGGCCGGCUCCGGCUACAGCGCAGAUAUGCCCGACGAAGGGGGCGCACCCCCGUCCCUCAGGGCCGGAGUCGAGCUCGGCUACCCGGGCGGUCCGUGGGGCUCCCCGGACCACGUCGCCGGCAACAACAACACCGCGAUGCCCUCGGGCGCCAACCAGUACGGCAUCGCCGGCAACUGGGAGCGCACGAUCGGCCUCUACCGCACCUCCGAGUCGUACAUCAGCCAGAGCCGCAAGAAUCUGCCCGACGAGUGCGGCGGCGUCCUCUGGUACGGUCCCUACUCGGCAACCUACACCGUCUACACGCCCUUCGCCGCCGGCAUGAAAGAGCUGCCGCCGCAGGUGACGAACGGCACGCACAUGCAGCUCGACAAGGACACCAUGUUUUGGGCGAACCGCUACGUGGGCAACUACGUGCAGCUGAAGUGGUGGGCGAUGAUUGAGGACGUCCGCGCCUUCCAGAACGAGCAGAUGCAGCACCACCUUGCCCUCCAAGCCCGCGUGGACACGGCGUGCGGCCGCCGGCCGCUCUUCUCGUCCAUGCCGUCCGACGACCCGCUUCACGCGUACUACACCAAUGCUGAGCGCGUCACGCGCGAGACGUGGAACUUGGCAGACCACCUCAUGUUCAAGUACGCGGACGGCCAGCUUCACCCGACGGACACCAGGUUUGGCACGUUGACGCCGCCGCGCGCGUACGGCUCCUUCGGCGACACCGUGCCCGGGUCUGUGUCGGUGAUUGACAAGCCCGGCUACGACGGCGCGUGGCUCGAGACCGUCGGCUUCCCCGAGGGCCCUCCGCCUCCUCCGAACUGCACCGAGCUAGCGCAGCGUUACAACCGGCCCAUCUGCGGCCACGUGGCACCGCCAAACGGACCCUUUCGAGAAUGGUUGCAGCUGAAGGAAUUUGCGGUCGUCACCGGCCUCGCGUGCGCCUAUAAGGGCGACGCGGCCGCCGCGACCAACAACUGCCACUGAUUGGGCCUGCGCUGCUAGGCAGACAAAAGGCGGGGCCGCCGCCACGCCCGGCGCGAGAGCGGGGUGAGACGUAUAGGAGCGAGCUUGAGGGUAGGGUGUGCGAUGCCGGCGCUGCUGCGGUUCUCCGCGAGAGAGCAACGUGGCGCAGGCACGUUCGCGCUGGCUAGAGUUUGGCGGAGCGCCGCGGCCGCGAACCCGCGCUCCCGGCUGUAGAUGUGUAUGAUGAGCUGACCUCUGUGCGCUGUGUGUACUCUCUGGAGAGAGCGAGUCGUGUGCCGAGAGGGGGACAAGAGCACUUGGGGACAAGCGCACUUCGGGAGCACAAAACCCCCCCCCCUGACUCCCCCCGCGGGUCGUGGUUUGUUGGUUCAUAAGACCCGACGGGGACGCCACCACCCUCGCCUUGGAUCUACAACG